AUGCGAGGAUUUUGGCUACUACCAUCACUGCUGCUGCUCCUCAGCUCCGGAUCUCUGGCACAGAUCAUCGGCGGAUCGUGUUCGGAUGGCGACACGUGUGCACCGCACGGAAAGUGUAUGGAUGAGGAGUCCACUUCUAGGCUACCUUGCGCUCCUGAAUCCUUUCCCAUGUCGUUCCCAUCAACCAUGCCAGGGAAACAAAACAAAAAAAUGAAACAGGAAGUUGUGGCAGGUGAGUGCAGUCUGCAGUGUGACGACGACGAGAAGUGCGGAUUUGAUGCGUUUGGGAAGAAUCCACGUUGCAUUUGCAAAGAUUGCGACCCGAAUGGCAAGAAGAUCUGUCCGAAAGGAUUUGGAGGUGAGAGAGAUCGAGAUCGAGGAGACGCAGACAGUCGAGACAAAAAUUUCGGAACAUUUUUCGCCGGAAAUCUAAUUUUUGUUGUAUUUUUCUCCUUUCGUUUCCUUGUUCUGUGCAAAAAUCGACCAAACUGUGCCAACAAACUGACGUCUGAGGAGAAUCCAUGCCUGAACGAGCCAUGUGGCAAUGGAAAGUGCUUCCCGUUCUCCGGCGGAUUCCAAUGCAUUUGCAACGAUGGAUUCGGCGGAUCGUAUUGUGAAAUCGGAAAGGAUCACUGCGUGAAUCACAACUGCAAGACAGGAUCACAGUGUGUGAACAAUGUGAACGGAUACAUCUGUGCGUGUCCACCAGGAAGAGGCGGUGCAUUCUGUGAGAUCACCAAUUGCACACUGAUGGGAGAAGGCAUCUGUAACCAUGGAAAAUGCAUCGACACGUUCUCCGCUGAUAAGAGUUUCGAGUGUCAAUGCGACGAGGGAUACGAGGGAGAAUUCUGCACGAAGGAUAAGAAUGAGUGUCUUCAAGGCGACAUGUGUGGUGCCCAUGGAACAUGUUACAAUCUCGCAGGAUCCUUCGUUUGUGCCUGUAAGCCUGGAUUCACUGGAACCAACUGUCAGCAUCCAGUAAACAUGUGUGAAUCGUACGGGUGUAAAAAUGGAGGAUCGUGCGACCACCUCCCGGAUCAGACUCCAGUUUGUUCCUGCCCUCCAGGAUUUAUGGGACAGAAGUGCGAGAAGGCGUGUCCACCCGGCAAAGGUGGAUAUAAUUGCUCAUUGCUCCUGGAUCGUCCUCACUGCUCACGGACCAAUGGAAUGUGCUAUAACGGAGGCGUGUGCAAUGGUGGAUUCUGUAAAUGUCCUCCGUCGUUCACCGGCGAUCGAUGCGAACUCAAUCGGACGGCGGUGCUCCCAAUGGAAGUGUCCUGUGAUCACAAUCCGUGCAUGAACGAUGGAAAAUGUGUAGACUAUGGUGAUGGAUACGCAUGCAUUUGUCCACCUGGAUUCUACGGACUCAAUUGUGAUCGACGAUUGCGAUGUGCCACAACGACGUGCGCCAACGGUGGAUUCUGUCGAAUGGAUAACAACACCAUGACUUGUGCCUGUCCUCUUGGAUACUCCGGAGAUUAUUGUGAGAUCAUGGAACGACUCGAUUGCAAGCAAAACCCCUGUAAAAACGGUGGAGUGUGCAAUGGAACCGAUGGAACCUGCGAGUGCAUGUACGGAUACACUGGAACCAGGUGUCAGGAGAAGGUUGAAAUCGAUAAGAGCAAGGAGAUUAUGUUCCGUGAACUGUGCAAGAAGAAGAAUUGCAAAGCUCUGGCGGGCAAUGGAAUCUGUGAUGAAGACUGUAACUAUGCAGAGUGUCAGUUCGACGGUGGAGACUGUUCCGGAGGACAACAACCGUUCUCCAGAUGCAUGUACCCUGCAAAAUGCGCCCGUUCGUUUGCAGACGGAAUCUGUAAUCCAGAGUGCAACAACGAGAAAUGUCUCUACGAUGGGAUGGAUUGCCAAUCGGAACUCUACCACUGUCCGGAAUAUAUCAGAGACUACUGUAUCAAAAAGCGUGGCAAUGGAGAAUGUGACUACGCGUGUAGCUUCGUUGGAUGUGGUUUCGAUGGUGGUGACUGUAAUAAUGGAACAGGAGCCAUGAUUCUGAAUGACAUCCGAAUCGUAAUUCAAAUCGAUCCAUUGGUUUUCCGAGAGACUGGAGGAGAAACUCUGAUGGAGAUUAGUACGCAACUUCGAGCGGCCGUACGAAUUCAGAAGGACGAAUCGGGACCGCUGGUGUUCAAAUGGGAUGGAGAGUCGGAGACGGAGAGACUGAAGAUGGACGCGGAGAAGCUGGAGCAACAGAAAGUACUCUCCCAUCAUAUCAGAAGAUAUCGGAAUGUUGGAAUCGUUGGAGUCGUUUUGUAUCUUGAGGUGGAGGAGAUAUGUCAGCCAAAAUCCACGUGUCGAUUCUCCACUGCUCAGAGCGUUGUGAAUUUGAUUGCAGCUGGAUUGAUCAAAUCGAAUGGUCGCCAAUCUCUAGGAUUCUCCAUCACUGAAGCGAUGGUAGCCGCUCCCAGAAGACACGAAGGACCUGUCAGCUGGUCUCGAAACCAAAUCCUUCUAAUCGCACUCGUCGCAUUCCUAGCGCUAGGAACUGUCGUCGCUGGAGUCGUUGUUCGAGCCGGAGAACCCGAGAGAAGUCGGAAGCGACGGAUCAUCCACGCGCCGGUAUGGAUGCCUCCUCCGAUGGAGUCGUUGCUCUGUCAAAGCUCUCUUCUGGAACACAGUAUGCACCACGUCAACGCAGCCAAAAAGCCACGUGUCGAUUAUUCGGAUGGUGGAUUAUAUCAAGAGAUUUAUCCCAGGACGCUGGCGAAUGGAGUCAUUGGAGAUUAUGCGGUUCCUGCUGAUAUCCCAGAAGAAAUCCUUCGUCCGGAGCACAUUACUCUCCACGUUCAAGCCGCUAGCUCUGCCCCAAUAACCGAGCCGAUCACCGCCGAGUCUGUUAAGAUUACGGAUACGAUUUAUCGUCGACAGGUUCUCCAUUGGAUAGCUGGUAAUUCGAAUGGAAAACCGGAGGAUCAGAUUACAUCAGAGUGUCUCAAGUGCCUGGACGCUGGAGCUGAUGUCAAUGCUCGGGACUUCAACGAGGACACCCCUCUGAUGUUCGCGGUUCGUGCACGGCGAGUUCGCUUGGUGUCACUUAUGAUGAAACGAGGCGCGAAUCCAACAAUCUUCAAUAAGUCCGAACGAUCGGCUCUCCACGAAGCCACAGCUAACAGGGAUGUUCGAAUGAUGACGAACUUGCUGAGGGAUCCUCGAAUGGUUGACGAGAUUGACGAGUUGGAUCGGAAUGGACGAACGGCACUGAUGAUGACUGCUGGAGGUUUCGGUGGAACUGAAAUGGCUGAGCUUCUGCUGAAAAAAGGAGCAAAGAUAGACUGUGAUGGAUCGGAACGGAGGGAUACGGAUAAGUAUCACGGAAGGACUGCGCUUCACUACGCAGCACUCUCGGAUAACACGCAGAUGGUCGAUUUCCUGGUGACGAUGAACUCGAAUAAGGAUAAGCAAGACGAGAAGGGAAUGACGCCGAUGAUGUUGGCUGCGAAGGAAGGAAACUUGAAAAGUGUCAAGAUUCUGGCGUGUCGAGGAGCGAGUGUCACCAUUGUGGAUGGUUUUGAGAAGACGGCCAGCCAAUACGCUCAGGACGCUUUUCAUCACGAUGUUGUGGCGUUUUUGAGCAACAAGAACAACUAUCUUCCUGAAGUACCACAACCAGAUCCACGUAGCCGUGUUUGUAAGAAUCGAGAGUCUGCGAAUACAAAAGGAGGAAGACAGACAAUGAAGAAAGUGAAGAGGAAUGGAUCAAAGAAGACUCCUAUGAUUCAAGAAACGAACCAUUUGACGCCUCCACACUCGGAUGGAUCGUUCUCGUCACCGUCGCCACACUAUUUUCCGAUGAAUAUGUCGAACGCGUCGACGCCAGAAUUUGUGUAUAAUCCGGAUAUGGUUCAACCAAUUUGGUAUCCAACACCACAGCCAACCACCUACUAUGGUCCUCCAUCGAACUCAAGUGGUUCCAGCACAUCACCGGGACAUUAUGAGCCACCACACGAUGGAUCGUUUUAUUGCUAA